CCUGGCGGACAGAGUUAGGGAGAAACUCUUCAGGAUGGGCUUUUCUCCUCGGACAGGAGGCUCGAUUCAAAUAAACGAGCAGAGAUCAACUACAUAGGAGCCUCCUGAGUGAUAUUCAUCACUUUAGCUCUGAUGGAGGAGGAGGGAGCGCAGCUUGUACUUCCAGCUUCUGGUGGGAAUUAAAACGGACAGAGCGUUUCUUUUUCCUUUUUUGGUGAAUGGACACCCCGCGCGCGCGACCAUACAUCUGCAUUCCUGAGAUCCGGUGUGUCCCGCACGCGCGCACGCGCGCAGGUGGCACCAGCUCUUUGGAAGCAGUUGUCGUUGUUUUGGUUUGUUAAGCCCCGAUCCGCGCGCACGGCGUUCCGUUGCGCGCGCCUCCAUCAACGUGGCCACGAGAGGAAUAAGCGACGUUCCGCCGUGCACGCGGUUCUCCGUCUCCAUCGCGCAGGAUCCUCUCGCUCUGAAGGGUCACUCGGCCUCUCGCGGCUCCAUGGACGAGCCCGACAUCGACGUGGUGGGCCUGGCCGCACGCGACGGCGACGAGCAGCAUCAAGCAGCUGCGGCGGCGCCCGCGAGGAGCUCCAGGAGCGCGCGGAGCUCUCGAGAGGAGGACGAUGACGAUGACGAGAGCGGCGACGGCAGCGGCGAGCGCGCGCCCCGGUGUGGCAGCGGCGCGUCCCCGGCGAAGCCCCCCUACUCGUACAUCGCGCUGAUCACCAUGGCGAUCCUGCAGAGCCCCGAGAAGCGGCUCACGCUCAGCGAGAUCUGCGCCUUCAUCAGCCGCCGCUUCGCCUACUACCGCGAGAAGUUCCCCGCGUGGCAGAACUCCAUCCGCCACAACCUGUCGCUCAACGACUGCUUCGUCAAGAUGCCGCGCGAGCCCGGAAACCCCGGCAAGGGCAGCUAUUGGACGCUGGACCCGCAGUCCUCGGACAUGUUUGAGCAGGGCAGCUUCCUGCGGCGCCGCAAGCGCUUCAAGCGGCAGCAGCAUCGCCUCGCGCCGCUCCAGCUCAGCGCGCUCCCGCGGCUCCAGCCCGUCAGCCUGUGGCCCGCGCUCUCCACGCUGCUCGCGCGGACUCCCGGCGCGGGGACCAAAGGCCUCCUUCAUCCUCUGAAUCCUCCUCCUCCUCCUCCUGCUCCUGCUCCUCCGGCCGCGGCCGUUCCUCAUCUCGGUUUGGCCUCUCCGCUGCACUGCGCCUCCUUCAUCCCUCCUCUUCCUCCCAGCUUUUACUCCCUGCAGCACGAGUACAGCAAACUGCGCGCGCUGCACUGCUCCGCUCUGGCUACGCUGUAAACAGCUGCGUACAGCUGUCAGAGAUAUUUAGGACACAGCCAUCAACCCUAACAGACGAGACUUCCAGCACAAAGUGUUAAAGCGGUUAGGAAAGGUAAAAAGAGCUGAGGAACGGAGGAGACAGAUUUAACCCUGCCUCGAAUGCGAAUGCGUCUCUGAAACCACUGAAAUAAGGGAGCUAAACUGGACCUGUUUGCCUUUUUUUUCUUUCUUUUUUAAGCAUUUUCUAUUCUGCGAGCGGCAGGAAUUCACAGCCAAAGAUAUGUGUUCCCUCACACACUUCUUGUACUGGCCUGAAUGAGGAACACAUGCACACGCUGCACAAACAGCCGAGACUCUUAUCAGACACAUAUGAGCCCUUAAGCACAAUGACAUUGAAUCUAAUGUAUGUAUAUGAUUGUAAUGCAGCUUUUGCUGUGGUUCCGUGCUGCCCUUUAUUAUGGCUGACAGUUCCCUAAUGCCACACAGCCAAACGCUGCUUCAAAUACGCCGAGGCUGGAGCCUACAGCAACGUGCAGAAGAGGACAAUCCCUGCAUUGGUUUGGUCAUUUGGCCUGUGUUUGGAUUACGGAGCACUGUGUGUUUUUCUAUCUGUGGAAGAGGCCGGAUAUAUCUGCAGAUGAAUAAUGUUUUG